GGCGGGCGACAUGACCAUGACGCAGUCGCAAAUGCGGCUCAACCACGCGGCGGCGGAGGGCGACGCCGGCCUCCCGCCGCCGACCCUCCUCGGCGGGGCGUCACGGCUCCACGCCGUCGACCAGGUCCGUCCGUUCCCGCGUCUCCUGAUACUUUCUCCGGAAUCUCAUCCCGCAAGGCACCGACCCUUGGCCGAUCGCCGCACGUUUCCGCUCCCGGUUUCAGUUUCCGGCUCUCGGUGUCGUCUUCCUCGUGCCUCACGCGCUCGCCGCGCAGGCGGCAGCACUCCCGCUGCGUCGAUAUAUUAAUUCCCCUUCCAGGAUAGGCACUGGCACCACCCGAGUCCCCAUUCUCACAGCGCGAGGUUGUGUUUUGUGAGGGGCGGAUUCCGGUUGCUCGCCAUUUGGGUGGGCUCCGACGCUCCGUCUGGUAGCUCCGGCGAACCGUUCUUGGAGUUGGGGCGGGGUGCUCCUCCUCUUACUCCUCAAGAUGGUGGCCUGGAACCGGUCGAGCGACGUGAAUGGCGACCGUGAGGACUCCGGCAGCACUUCGCAUCCUCCUCUGGCUCUGCCUCGGCCUGAUGAUAACGGAGACAAUAAUGUCCACCCAGUCCCAUUAUGGGAAAGAGAAUUCUGCCGCAACGCUUACGACAUUCCCUGGGAGACCUUCUGCGAAAACAAGCGAUUUAUUGGGUUAUACAGAAACGUCAUGGACUGGGAUGAUUCAGGAGCGCUCGAGAAUUUCGAGGAGGCAAAGGAAAGGUUCAGGGCACAGUAUUUUGGCGAAGUUGGACCGAACAACGGUAACAAUAACUUCCAUGGAGGUGGAUCAUCUAGCAAUUUGCACCAGCAGGUGGUGGAUCCAGGCCACACGUCAUCCGGGACUGGAAGGAUGCUGACCGGCGGUGGCACGAUGUGGAUGAGUGGUGCCUUCACUGGCGGUGCCACAAAGUGGAAUGGUGGUGGUGGCAGUGGCAAUGGCACCGGCAGGAACUGGAAUGUUGGCAGUGGCAAUGGCACUGGCAGGAACUGGAAUGUUGGCAGUGGCGGUGGCGGUGACAAUGGCAAUGGCAAUGGCAGUGGGAGGAACCGAAAUGGUGGCGGUGGCGGCAGUGGCAGUAGCAGCAAUUGGAAUUGUUUCGGCCGCGGCAAUUACAGGAGCCAGCGCGAGGGGCAACACCAGCAGAGGAACGGCGGUGGCAUCCACAGGAACCAGGACGAUUUGCAGCACCGGAUGAGGAGCGGUGGCCGGCAGCAGCAGGGCCAGGGGAGGAUGAAGGAGUGGCGUCCUGUGCAGCACAACAGGGCUCCCAAAGAUGAUCCUGCCGCGUGAUCUCGCCAGGUGAGAUCGCAGGUGGUUUGUUUAUGCAGCCAGUGUAAGUGUAAAUUCAGAGGGGCUGCUGCUGGCACAAGUGGUGCCCGUAAAUACAGAGGAGCUGCUGCUGGCAAAGUGGUGCCUGUAAAUAGAUGUUUGUUUGUUUGUUUGAGUUGUAUGCUGCAUCUGCUGCUCUUCCGCAGCUGCGGCCUUACUUAACUUCUCGUGUAAUGUUAUCAUGUUAUAAUGUUAAUUAAGGAGGUGUUUGGUUAGA